UCGACACUGCCUCGUCCUGACAGACAACAGCAAAAUGGAUUUCAACGUGAAGAAACUGGCCUCUGGCGCUGGAGUGUUCUUCUCACGGGCCGUCCAGUUUACAGAGGAGAAGUUGGGACAAGCGGAGAAGACAGAGUUGGACGCUCACUUUGAGAGCCUGCUGAGCCGUGCAGACUGCACCAAAAAUUGGACGGAGAAAAUAUUACGACAGACAGAGGUCCUGCUGCAGCCCAACCCAAGUGCCAGGAUUGAGGAGUUCCUCUAUGAGAAGCUUGACAGAAAGGCACCAUCCAGAAUUACCAAUGAAGAGCUGCUGGCUCAGUACAUGCAGGAUGCAGCAAAAGACUUUGGUCCUGGUACUCCAUAUGGGAAGACUUUGAUAAAGGUGAGUGAAUGUGAGAGAAGAUUGGGAGAAGCUCAGAGGGACUUCCUUCAGUCAUCGUCCAUUAGCUUCCUCACUCCACUCAGGAACUUUCUGGAAGGAGACUGGAGGACCAUUUCAAAAGAACGACGUCUUCUGGAGAAUCUUCGUCUAGACCUGGAUGCCUCUAAAACCCGUCUAAAGAAGGCCAAGGCAGCAGAGGCUAAAGCCGCGAUGGAGCCCGAUUUUCAGGAAACCAGACCUCGGAACUACGUACUCUCUGUCAGCGCCUCUGGGCUCUGGACCGAAGAAGUUGAAAAAGCAGAACAGGAACUCCGCGUGGCCCAGACGGAGUUUGACAGGCAGGCAGAAGUGACUGGACUGCUUCUGGAAGGCAUCAGCAGUACGCAUGUGAAUCACUUGCGCUGCUUGCUUGAGUUUGUGGAGAUGCAAGCAGCCUACUACAAGCAGUGUCAUUUGCACAUGCAGGACCUGCAGAAAUUGCUUAGAAGCUCCAGUGGAGAUGUGUUUCCCAAUGCUUUUGCGGCCAACUCUGGUCAGUUGACUUCAAGUGCCGACCCCUCCUAUCCAAGCGCUUCCUCCAUGCAAGUUGGCAUUACCAGUCCUAUUGAAGCGGACACACUGAAGAUUGAGGACGUGCAGACACCAGCUACAGGCACCCGUAAAGCCAAGGUCCUGUAUGAUUAUGAAGCUGCUGACUCCAGUGAGCUCUCUCUUCUAGCUGAUGAGCUGAUCACAGUUUACACCGUGCCGGGAAUGGACUCUGACUGGCUGGUUGGAGAGAGAGGGAACCUGAAAGGAAAAGUUCCCGUUACGUACCUGGAGCUGCUAAACUAAAGAGAGACACGCAUACCCUCCUAAACACACACACACACAAGGUUUAACACUCAAAAACUCAAGACACGCCUUCAUACACGAAAACACUCACAUGCCUACAUGGUUAGACACACACACACACACACACACACACAAUAACCCUAACCCCUAAAGAGGCACAUGUUUAUAUACACGCCCCCCCCUUCUCUCUUUCAAAAACACAUAUAGACAGUGUCAAUGACGGAGUGAUUGAAGUACCCUAAAUAAUUAAAUACCCCUGUAAUCGGACACAGCAGUCUGCUGUGUCACAGACAGAACAGGAGCUAAAGUGUGUUGCUCUUAAAACAUCCUGUUUGAGUUGGUUUUGCUGUUUGUUUUGUUCUUUCCUUGCUGUUUGUGUUUGCCUGUCAGAGGUACGAGUGCGCCGUUUAAUGGAGAUAGGAUUUGGUUAUGCUCAAUUUGUGACAAAUGAGAACUUGGUACAGUUGUUCACAACCAUGAUCCUUUUCCACAAAGAGAUCCGUCACCAUUCCUAAGGCACUGAAUUCUUUGCAGACGAUAACAUUCCCUACAGCCACUCUGCUCCUCACAACUCUGCGUAGUACUAAACACCAAGUCUUCACUACUCACACACUAACUGCCUUAAGAUUUGAAAUGGUCAUGGUCAGAUUAUAUAAACUCAGAGAACAUGCUGAUCUAGAGACAGUUCUACUGCGUUACGGCAUGCAGCAGUUCUACUGCGUUACGGCAUGCAGCAUCUACUUGUUGAACUAAACGUGUGCCCGUCUGUGUGACAUUUUGGUUUGCUCUUCUGAAGUUUUAUGUCUUUAUGAUUCCUUCCUCUGCUGUCUUAUCUCUUUUUGUCCACUAAAACAUUUGUUUUCAGUCUUAGUGCUGCAUGUGCUACUUCUUGUAGCCUUACAGAUUGUGUUUUACUUUCCCUGUGUAUAUAAAGUAACAAGGUCUAUUUAUCACACGUUAAGUACCAAAGCAACUGCACAGUGAUGAGUCAGUUUUCAAACGCACCCUGAAUGUGUACGUGCAUGCACCGUUUUUUUUUUUUUACUAUAGCUGUUCUAAUUUACCUCAUCUGUCUUUAUUUAUUUUGCUUUUUGUCAACAUAUUUAUUGACUGUCUCCAAGCCAUGCUAAAUUAAAGAAAUGUAUGGGAUUUAAUAAAAAGUUAAC